GAUUUGUUGCCUAUCUCUUUAAGUGAAAGAAGAACUCCCUUUAUAUACCCUUCGACCCGGGACUCGAAGGGUCCGGGAAUUCCGCGCUGAUUGCAGAUGGCAGUCGUCCCUCCCCGAGCGGCCCGGACGGCCGGGGUUAUGAUGACUACCCCAAUAGGUCUGCUGACCUCGUCCGGUACUUCAGCCGUUGCGCUGCACCUGGUCAUUCCGCCAUAAAUGCCACUGUCAGAACAAUAAAUGCGCCGUCCAGCAUUUAUGACCCUCCGACCUGUGAAAGCCCCUCGGGAGAGGAACUGGCUCCUUCGUGGAUGGGCCCUCACGCCAACGGGUUGGGUGAUCCUUUGGGCCGUUGGCACUGAAGAGCCCACCCUCUGAUGGGCCUCAAUAAUUGGGUCCUUCAUGAUUGGGCCCCUGGGCCUGGACCGGGCUAGGGUAGUUCGGGUCCGGAUCAACUAGUCCCCCACUCCGGGUUCUAUCUCCGAGUUUAGGACCCGGAGUUUACUCGGUUUUAUCCUACCUAAAUCGGGCGACGUUCAAUCAGCCGCGUCUUUUAAGUUAGCCGCCUAGUCUUCUGCACCUCCCUCACACAAUCCUAGGCCCCUCCAGCCCACGCGGGGCUCCUCGUUUUCCGUGCGCCAUCACUGCCGGCGGCUCUUCGACUUUAUACCCUGCUUUAUUUUUGAGAGACGUCUUCUCUUCUCACUUCUAAUCUUCACACAUCCCUUCACUCUCCCUCCCAACACCUUUCUUCCAUUUAUCGAGUGACUCCUGCCAGGUACAUCCUUAUUCCCUUUCCUUUGCUUAUACUACGCUUGCCCUUCCCCUGAUUGAUUCACCCAUGGUUUCUCAAAAUACUUCCACCUCCUCUUCUUCGGAGAGGACUGGUUCUGCCGUCCCUUCCCCGGUCCCUCGGCGCGGUCGCCGGCGGCCGGCUCCCCGUAAAAUUGUAGCCCCUUCCUCUUCUAGGGUAGGGAAGAAGAGAGUAGUGGAGAAGCCUACCCACUCCUUGGUCGAUAAAUUCGAUCUUGAGGCCCUUUAUGUCACCCAAGGGAUGGAUCCUUCUUUCCACCUUGUGGUACCUUCUCGCAAUCAGACCCCUUCUAACCCCCCUCCGGGAUACCUCACUUGGUACCUCGAUCAAUUUAAGGCCGGCCUAUCGUUCCCUUUGCAUCCCUUUUUCGUCGAUGUUAGUCGCGUCUAUAGAGUUCCUCUUCAUUUAUUUCAUCCAAAUGCCAUAAAAUUUAUGUCAUGUUUUUACAUUGUCUGUGUGGGUACCGGGGUUGAUCCACGUCCCGAGCUUUUCUUUUCCCUAUUCACCCAUAACCGGUCAUCUUCAGGCUAUUUCCAUCUUUCGACCCGUAUCGGUCGUCUUUUCGCUGGUCUUGUCACGAAGAUCGAUUCGUGGCAACGGCGUUUCUUUUUUGCCCGCCCACCAUCUCCGUGGCCAUUCGACCCCACACCCCCCACUAAGUCCCCCAAGCGUGCUGUCUUGGACGUGAAUUUCGACGAGGAGACAGCCCGUCUCCUUGCUCGUGUUCGUCCUCGCGCUUGGAAUGUAGAAAAGGUCGUCAGUACCACUCCCCUUUUUUCCCGUGCCGGUCUAUGGCGUACCCCCUCACUCGAUCGCCGCCCUUGGGGUAUAUCCCCCCUCUUCAUCUUUACUCGUGCAGUGUUUUCUUUCCUUCUUCUCUAUUAUUAUUAUAUAUUUUUUUGUAAUCUUACUAGCAUUUUUGUUUCGGCAGCCGAUAUGAUGCUUGAUAUGUUGAUGGAGAUGGCGGAGACGGAAAAGAAAAAUACUGAAGAUCCGUUCACACAACCUCAGGAGGCCGGUGCUUCUGUUGUUCCCGGAGCAUCCUCCCGUGGGGUUGAACCUCCUUCGCACAGUUCCAACUCUCCCUCUCGUGCCGCCCCGCCUUCCUCCAACUUGCAGCUGGCUAUUCCUGAGGUCGUGAUUGACCUCUUGGAUAGUGAGGCCGAGGGACGCGACCCGGUGGCUUCUCUAGGCGGCAACCUAGGAUUUGAGGAGGCUCAAGGGGAGUCGGCGGGGGCUAGCUCGAAGCGACCCCUGCCAAGUGACUCCACCCCACCGCCUAAGAGGGCCCGUCUCGUCCUGCCCUCGCUAUUCUCCGCCGAUGACUCCGAGGGGUCCGUAGACUUCGCUCUUCGUCAACUGGCCAGGGUUCAGGCCGCCGGGGAUUCAUCCUACUUGGGUAACCUACCCCACUCAACCCGUCGCGCUAAGCUGGCCCUUUGUUUGGCGCAGGCGAGCUCCAUCGUGGCCUCGGGUUUCGGUGAAGACGACCCUUCGGUUCACGAUCAGGCAGUUCGUGAGCUAUCCUUGCAAGCCGCCAAUGCUCGUUCCGCUCUCGAACGAGCAUCCUCCCGGAUAUAUGCCUUGAUGGCUGAGAACGGGUCACUGUCCCGGCAAUGCGAGCUUGCCGAGGAGAAGCUUCAAGACGUCCAAUCGAAGCUCUGCGAGACGAAGAGUGCCCUGGAGGGACAGAUUGCGCGGGCGAACGAGGAGAGGGAUGCGGCUGUUCGGCAGCUGGGCGUGAGGGAACAAGACUUCCAAGAGGAACUUUUACGCUGCCUUACCGCUGAGCGAAAGAAGUCCCUAGGAGAGCUUCUGGCUACUGCCGAGGGUUUGGCAGUUCUUGAUCAGUACCGGGUCAAGUUAUUCCAGAGGUAUCCGCACACGAAGCUCUUCCUGAAGGAUGCGUGUCCUAUCGGCAUGUAUUAUGUGAAGCAAACCAUUGCCGCGUGUGAAGCCCUGGCCUCCGAGCAGCAGGCGGUCGUUCGUUAUGAGCCUACGGUUGUCCUUGGCAAGAUUAGCAGGACGCUUCCUUUAUGGAAGGGCGAUCCUCGUGAGCCGAUCGAUUAUGCCUGGUGGCAGUCCAUUACGGACGACCUAAUCUCGUCCGUUGGUUCGUCCUCUACUUCCCGGCUUCCGGAGCCGCUGACCACUGGCCCGGCUGGCGCGGCGUCGUCGGCAAUUGCCGGUCCUCACUCGACUCUUCCUCUGCCACCUAUCCCUGCCGCCAAUCCUGUUUCCGCCUCCUCCGCUCCUCUGUCCAUUCCUUCUGUUGCUGCUGAAGUUGUUCAUCGUUCUUCGUCUUCUUAA